AUGGACGAAGGUGAUUUCGCGCUGCCACCCUCAUCGCACAGCGAUGGCGUUCCUCGAUCACAUGGGUCGCACCCCAAUCCACCGCAUACCACGUCGGAACGGUGCCCAGCACCGCUUCUUCCGUCAGAUAUGGCGCACCGGACCGCCCCCUCUACCUUAUUCGGUGCACCGGGAACACCGGUGAGCGUGUUGAACCUCGUUACCGCGCUGCCGCUUCUGUUGUCGUUGGACCACUCCCAUUACACUGCGACGCUGAACAGUGCGCCGGAGGGCGUGCUGGAUACCUUAACCGCAUCGGCUGCCUGCGGUGGCGGUCGCCUUGAGCCGCUGAGCUGGACGAUGGCUGUCACCGAUGCUUCCACUGCUGCGGUGCGUGCGGUACUCUACGCUCGCGGAACGCCGUCUUGGCAAGCGAAGAGACGACGACUGCGGCAACUUGCGCUCGACUCGUUCUUUCGCUCAACCGUGUCGACUCGCAUCUCGCUGCGCCGCGAGCGCGCUCCUGAAGGCGGAGACGGUGUGCGUGAGGCAGUGGCACAGCUGCUGCUCCACACACGCACUGUCAUGUCGGAUGUCUCGCCGACACAAGCGUAUUUGGUUGACUUUUUCGCAGCCCAGAUUAUGUGCGGUGUGCGCAGUGCUGCUGCCGCCGUGGCAAACUCACCGUGCGCAGCCGCAGCCAAGGCAAUUCAUGAGCCAGUUGACGGACUAGGUGGGCAGGCGCCGAGCCGCGCAUCCGCCUCCACAGCAAUGAUGAAGGAGCGGGCAAAGCCGACCUUUGGGCAGCGCAACAUUAUGAAAAGCGGCGACUCCGCCUCAACCUCGGCCACCGCGUUACCGCGCCAUGACCAAGAUGAUAUGGCCAACUCAUAUGCCUCUGCUACCAUUGCUGAGCAGCUGCUCUAUAUCAUUCUCCGCACGAGCAUUGCAGCGAACACACCGCGGCGGUCGAUCGUCAUGUGCGGUGAUGACACGCCCGCGCUCCUAGCAGAUGGACUGCGUACACCGCCGCAAAGUACCACCGGUACCACUGCGCUGACCUCAGCUCCUCUCUCCAUGGCAUGGCCUUCCGUUGUCGGCAACCUAACGCGCACAAAAUCACGGUUAGACAACUUCAAUUACGCCGGCCCCGCGAUGCUAUCUUCGAAAAACGAGCAAUCAAUAUACCAUUACUCUAACAGUGCUGGCGCUGUACGCCCAGCUGCGGCGUUGCCAUACCAACCGUAUUGCUGGCUAGCGCCAUCGACAGUGGCGCUGGUGGAGCGCUCACAGGCGCUGCGCCGACAACAGCGCUGGACGUGCGACCUCGAUCCGGUGGUCGAGGCCACCGUAGCUGGAAAGGGUUUAUGCACCCGCAGUAGCCACUUGUCUGGGGGCGCUGGCACCCGCUUCACUGCUGUCGUAUCGUUGCUCGACAGUGUGCGUAGCUCGUGGACUCCUCUACCUGGCAUGGCAGACAGCGACGAUGCCGCUGCGUUGACGGCUCUUGUGCACAACAGCGGGCUUCCGUUUGCCACAACAUCACCCUCAGCUGCGCUGAACGUGGCACGCGAGGCGGGACCCGCAACUCGCUUCGGUGGUUUCCACUGGGGACAGGCGAUGAUGGUGGUGGAAGACCCUGCCGUCGAGGCCCUCUUUGCAGCCGACUGCGCUCAUCGCAUCAGUUCACACCGUACUGAGGCCGAUGGUGUCCCCGACAAUGAAGAGGCAACACCGACAAAGCAGCAUGAGGCCGAGUCUGUGACAGCCGCUCUGCCCGCGUGCCGCACCCCUUUCGUAUCCUGCCAGCCGUUGUACGACAGGGUUCUAUACGCGCAGGUGCACCUGGCCCUGCACUGGUGCACCGCUGGCCUUGCUGAUCCAUUUUGUCUCACCGAUAGUGACAAUACGGCUGGGCCAAACCUACCGGCGCUGCGCGUUCGCAAAGAGUUUUAUGCCCGCCCGUUGCAGACCAAAUGUGGCGCCGGGACAGCCGCUGCCGCCACUGCCAUCAGUGGUUUAACCUCCUUGUUGGAGUGGGGCUGCUACUACGGAACGCUGCUGCGUCGUCUUCACCGUCUGUGCGACCUGGCUGACGACGUCACGCUGCGCGGCACUCUCGGCAGCUACGGCCGCUGUGCCAUGAACACCUUGCGCCUCCUGCUGUGUUUGCUGCAGCGACAGAUCGGGGAACUGGCAGACCAGGCAGGCGGGCCGCACGAACUAAGCUUUGCAGAGCUACUUACAGCACAACAAAGGCUGCAGCGCGCAGUGGAGCAGGUGGAGGUGCUUGCGGCGUUUUUCGGCGUCCCGGCGGCUGCGGCUGCCCCGGCAACGCUUCGGCACGCACCAGCAGCGCCCGAAACAUGGGACCCCUUUGACGUCCUCCAAGAUCGAUGCUCAUCGGCGUUACUUCUCUCGCGCUUGUACGAGUGCUUCAGCGCACGUCACGUCGACGCGCUUGGUCAGCACGGCAGCACUGCCACACACUACCACGAGCUUCAGCAGGAGCGGCUCGCUGAAAUGCUCAUAUCGUUUGGCGGUGAGGGUAGUGACGAGACACCGCUGCAGGUGAAGACCUGGGGCGGCGGCGUCCACCAGCAGCGGCAGAAAUUUCGAGCUGCCCUGGCUGCCGUUGAAUCGGCGGCGGCGCCUCCCAGGGUAGAAUUCUCACCCCUCGGCGCCGACAACAAGGAGGGUGCGUGGGAGCUGCAGCGCAAGGACCUGCUCAGUGACUCCAUCGACGCCAUCGGGAUCCUGCUUCGCGCCGUUCUGCGUCCUCUGAAUACGAUGCUGCACCGCUGGCUCACGGCAGGCGAGCUGGCCGAUCCGUAUGACGAGUUCUUUGUGGUGUCGUCCCACGGCCAGACGCACAGCGGCUUCGCCUUGGAGCCGUCACCACAGCGGCUACCAGUAUUUCUCUCGGUUGCAGCUGCCACAGAUCUUCUUCACGCCGGAGUAAGCCUGCGGGUGCUUCGAGCAGCUGCUUCGCAGGUGGUGCUCAGCGCCCAAAAAGACGCGCGCCGACUGGAGGCCAUGGCAGAGGUCAAUGAAGCUGCGGCCGAGGACUAUGCAGAGGAGCUGCUCGAUACGCAGACGCUGCGACGCGCGAUCGAACAGUUUAUCGAGCGACUCGUACACGGAGCACCGACAGCAGAUGCAGCGCACGAUGUGGGACGCGCGGAGACUGGUGCAAACGACGAUGGCGAUGCCGAAGACGCGGCCCUAUUGCCGCUGCUGCCGCGUGUCGACGUAAUGUCGUCAUACGGCGCCAUCAACUGGUGGAAGGGGCACUACCAGGCCUGCACUGGUGUCUUGCUUGAAAUGGUGGAGGCCGCGAAUCCCAGGGAAGGCGGCGGCCAGGAUAGCCCUGCGGAAGCUGCACCAGACCCGUCACUGUGGCUGCAAGCCGACGAGGAGGCGGGAUUGUGUGCUGCUGGAGAGGCGGCAGCGGGAGGGAAAGAAAGGGCAGAUGACGCUGCUUCUUCCGAAACUCACACUGGUCGUGUCGAUACGUCCCUCCUCUGUUCCGCCGCUGCACGGGCCGCAUGUGAUGCAGGGAAAGGUGAACCAGACGAUCACCAUCUUCGUCACUUUCCUCAUGACGCGGCUGUUUUCCCACCAAAGGAGUCGAUGGGUGAGGUGCCGUCGUACGUCACCAUUUUCAUGAACUCCGACGAAGAAGAGGACCAUGGUGUUUACUCGGGGAUGGCGAGAGCAGCAAACGGGCGGCAGGAGGUGGACAACGCCUCUCUCGCUUCCUCAUCUCCUCGCUCCUCUACAACUGCGACGAGUGUGCUUGGUCUGCGCCGCAUCGCCGGUUCCCGCUUCUCUACCGGCACAGCAGUGAGCUCGACGACCUCGUCGCGUGGUACCAUGGCCCUCUAUGGCGCCAUCACAGAGGAGCUACGUCAAGUCUCGCUGCUCGAGCAGCAGACGGAGGCAGACCUUGGCCAGUCCCGCCACACGCUCCGCGCCGAGUUUGACGCCCAGCUGUGGCGCCGUCGACGCGAAGGCCGGCUGAGUGAUUGGAAGGCCCAACGACUGGCGCUACGGCUGCGGCGAGUGCGCGCCAUGGAGAGCAUCGUUGAUGAGCUGCGAGAUGUGUACAUGAUACGCGCUGUCGGGCACGCAGAAGUCCAAGGAGCAGCGUCGCACUCCGUCGAGGAAACUGAACAACACGGCACGGACGGAGAGCCUUUCACCCCCAGCGCUGCAAUCGCGCAGAUGCGUGCCGUGGUGCCGCUUCACCAGCUGCCGCCGUCGCGCGUCGCACCGCCGGUGAUCCUGUACGCCGUGCCAGACUACGAGGAUGGCGUCGAUGGCAUGACCGGAGGGAGGCGUGGCAGUCGUGCCUUCGCUAGUCGUCCGCGCCGCACGAGCUUUGCGGCAAACCCCACCAUCGUGGAGCUGCCAGCGACAUCGGGGAUGCGUCGUCGAGUAAGCGCGCACGACACUCUUCAGUCAUAUGGGCGGAAGUGGCGCUCUCCCAGCGCAAGUGCACUGUUCAUGAAUAACUGCCCAAGGCCACCAGGGUCACCGCCGCUGUCGGGGCUCACGCCAAGGCGAGGGUCCGCGGCACCAGCCAGCACUAGGGGCGUCGCGCUCACCGACGCGCUGUCAGACGGAGCUAGUGUGCAGAAGAGCGAGGGCGGUGGUGUGGGACCAGCGGUCAUUCGGCAGCUGCGUGAUGUCGACCCAGCCGCCCUGUCAGCGUUUGGCGUUAUGGAGAAGAGAGGCCUUGUUGGGCCGGCACACGGCGCUGUCGCGUCGUUUGCUAGGCCCUCCGCUUCGACUCUUUGGCAAGUCCCGCUGUCGCAGUCAUCGCAUCAGCGCUGCGAACAAGUCGAGGCGGCAAUGCUGAAAGAGCACGCAGAGAUGGUUGCUGCUGUUGCAACGGAGGAAGCGCACGCAGAGGCGGUGCGGCGCGACGAGCUAGGGUACGCCCACCCAGAUGCGCUCUUCAGAGUGGCGGACAUCAACGACGAUGAGUUCUUGCUGCUGCGCACUGGCCCUAAAAGCUACGCGCGUCGUGAGGCAGAGGAAGCGGCGCUGGCAGAGCUUGCAGCACGACAAGCACAGCUGGCCGCUUGCACAGUUGAUGAUCCAGAAUACCUUCGUCAGUUGGCUGCUGCUGCUGCGGUUUUGACAGACCCCUGCUGCAACGGUCCUAAGGACAGCACCGCAGCGCCAAAGCGGUGCCUCUCGACUCAGAAGCUCUCUUCAAUGCCGACCAAAACAGAACGUGAUGCCGCGGCAUGUGACGAUCGCGCCGAGGAGGAUGUCGGUGCGGACGACAGUGCAACUCAGCUGAGGAGGAACUCGGAUCUACCCCCGGCGCUAGAUUCUGCGUGGCAGCAAGAUGAUCCACAGCGAGGCUGGCGUGAAGUGAGGACGUCGAUGACGAGGACAGCAGCCAUGGGGAAGAGCUUCACAGACGAGUUGUGGUCGUGGACCGCAGGGGAGCCGCAUCGCUGGUACUUUGACGACCUCACCCCGCUGCACCACGUUCUCAUCGGUGCGGAGGUGGACCGCGCACUUCUUGUCGACCUCGCUCUCACCUGCGACGAGGCGGAAGCGUUGCAACGCUGCAGCGGGUACUACCGUGCGCUUGGCCAGUACACAGCCAACUUCCUCACGCACAAGGCGCUGCAGCUAACGCUGUUGCCGCCUUACGGCUCUCUCUACCGCCUCACAACGCAGUUUCUGGACGUUUGCUUGCUGCAGAAGGCGCCGAUUGCCAUGCGCCUCAUGGAUGCCUGGAUAACAUGUGUCGACACCGCACUGGAAGUGAUGGCAGAGGCUGAAGAGCCGGCGAUGGUGCACUCAAUCAUAAUGGGGGAGACGCGGCUGUCGGCGUUGGCGGCGCUCAAAGACACCCGGCAGGGGGUGACGGUGGCCGACGCGCUCUCCUCCCUCAACUCUGCCUUCCAGCGUGAGUGGGCAACAUGUGUCACGAAUGGGGAAUUGACGGUAAAGCUGGAGUGGAGGCUCACAUCAAAAGACGACGAGGGACAUGAACGGCUUGACUCUUCAGGAAAGGCUCUCGAGAGUGCUGUCGGCUUCACAGAGGGCGACGGUGCAGCUGAGGAGGGUAGCUGGAACGCCUCCAGGGCUUCCCGUCUGCCACACCCAUCGACGCCUUCAUCGCACGACAACGCAGAGAAAGUGUCAAGGUCGCUGUCUCCCAUUCAAUCCUUCCUUGCCUCGCUCAGCCUGGUGGCGGUGAGCCCGUGGUGCAGUGGAGCUUGGUUGCUGCCUGAUCACACGCUGCAUUGCACUGGCGCCAUCUUUCGCACGCUCCUGUUUUGGAAGAGCGCGGAGCGGAUCGUGCUGCAUGCGUGGCGCACCGGCAUGGAUAGUGGCAUCCCCAGCGUCUUCUUCUUCUGCACUGUCGUGCGUCAAGUGUUGGUGUCCAGCCUUCAAGAGACAUUGUGGGGCCAACUGGGAGAGCUGACGACGGCAUACCGAAAGAGUCUGCAAUUCGAAGCCGGAGUGCUCUACACGUACAGUGCCCUUGAGAGCUUCACAAUUGACCACGCUGCAUUCUUGCGCGAGUGCGAGUUCUACAUGCUGUGUGGUCCGCAGUUCCAGCGCCGUGUCCGCCCUGUGUUACAGGCGAUGGUGAACACCGUCGAGGAGGUGGAGCGCGCGCUGCGGUUGGCACAGGUGUCGAUACGCGUCGCACAGCGCCAGUACAUGGCCACCUUCUACUUCAUGGUGAAGAGUGGAAGCAGCAGCAGCAGCGGUAGUGACAGUGACGGAUGCACGGAGGCCGACUGCUGCCGGGAAACAAAGGGACGACCAACAGUGAUGUCAGCACCUCGGCACGUCUUUACCCCCUCGCGGUGGUCUCGGCGAGCACGGAUGGAGCAGGGCGUCGGGAAAGUGCAGGGCGGUGACGGUGUUUCUCGGGCCUCCCCUUGGUACCUUCGACCCCUUGAAGACGCCUUGGCACACCACUCCAAGGCGCCCUCGCCACCUGAAGCAACUGGCAGUGAGCCCACUGUUGCGACUGCACAUGAUACAAAUCCUAAAGCCGACCUCGACAGUGCUCGCACACCGCCCAGGGGCGCCGCAAAGGGGAAAAGGGGGCGAGCAGCGCAAGCGGAGCGGUCACCGUCUUCGGCUCUCAGCAGCGCCACGACAGCGCGCUCCUCAACCCCAGUGGUCGACAAGCCGCUGUUUUCUGUGAUGAGCGCUGCCGGCAGUGGUGAGGAGACACGUCGCGAUGGCAAUCCAGCUCCCACCGCAGUAUCACGCAAGAAGCGCCGCCGUGGAGGUAGCCAGCCAGUCGGUGCUCGCCGACCUACCGCUGGCGCAGCAGCGCCAACGGCCAUGGCGCCAUGGGCUUCCGCGGCUGCGCCGCGCUUACAAACUCGGAGGUACAGCUGGAGUGCUGGCAAGACAACGCGGCAGUCCGCUGCUUCAGCCCCGGCGUCAGCAUCGCCGGCGACGGGUGCUGCAAAAACGAAUACCUCAGCACUGAAGCGACCCUAUCGCAGCCGCCACCACGGGAAACGGCUCUCCCCAGCGGAGCGCGAAGAGCGGCGCAUCAAGCUACGCGCGAUUGCAGAACGCAAAAUCAAAGAAGAGGUGGAACAUCAGCACCGACUGAUGCGCGACAUGGCCUCUCUUCAUCUACGUCGCUUUGCACUGCUCACUCAAUCCCUGCGCGAUGCGUUAGCAGAGGUGAUGGUGAAGGAAAAUGUGAAGGGUAUGGAGGAAGAAAGCAUUGCUGCUGCCGCCGCCGCCAUAAGCGAUGGCGCGUCGUUGAAGUCGAUCAAGGACCUGCACAAGGCACAGCGACAGCAUAUGAACCGCUACGCCUACAUCUCGACAGUGCUCCAACGGCUCGAUGCACUGAUCGAAGUGAUGGCCGCCCAGGUCUAA